AUGGCGCCACGUUGCGCCGUCGUCUCUGCGCUGUUGCCGUUGCUGGCAGCGGCGGGGCAGGUGGACCCCAGGUAUGCCAAAGAGAUCACCGUUUACCACGUCCAUGCGGCCAACGUCAGCAACAUUCCCAUGGACAUGGACACUGGAGACGUGCCCGGAGAUCUGUUUUUCGAGCUAGAUCAGUUCCUACUGCCGCUUCAGUGCGCCGACCCAUCGUACUUCUACGACAAGUUCGAGUGCCAGAAUCCGGAGCACCUCUCCAAGGGGCUGGUGGCAACUGAAGUGCAUUUGGAGGUCGAUUCUCGAUACACCAACUACUCGGGCUGCAACUUCUGCACUGGCACUGAUCCCUUCACACGUAAGCCUUGCGAGGCUGGCACCUAUGUUUGCGAUUGCAUGAAUUUCCUGAACCCCAAAGGAUGUGACCGUCGUUUCGUAGGAAUGGAGACCGUGGUCCAUGAGUUUGUUCACGAUGUGACCGAGGAGUGUAAAGAUACGCUGGAGGAGGUCUGUGGACACGUGCGCUACAGCAAGUGGUGUAAUUUAUGCCUAGCUCGGCAUCAACACAUCCUCAACAAGAGCACUUGCAGCGCAGAUGCUAAGAGCUACUGUCCUGGCAUUGGCUUCCCCUUGUGCACCUCCGACUCUAAGAACUACGACUGUUGGCACAUGAACCUUGGGAGAAAGACGAAAGGACUUUGGUUCUCCACUUUCCGUGAAGGCUACUGCGAUGAUGAGUCGCCAGAUGCCUUUUGUAGUUGGAAGGUGCUGUCGUCCAAAACCAUCCAAGAGGAGUGCGUCAAGACGCGUUUGAGGGACACCGUGGAAGAGGAAGGUGCUGAGUGCUUUGAGGCCUGUGGAACAAGGAACCAAUCCUCACCUUGUUGGGUCGGUUGCUUCUUCACCACGGUGCUGGGACCACAGUCGCACAACUCCACCAAUGUGACGGGCAUGGCCUUGGAAAAGCUGACAGAUGCUUGGUCCAGCUCCUUCCAGGUAUGUCCAGAAGUGGAAGAGGAAACCAGCCUCGUGGUCUGA